CUUUGUCCUCCAUCCAGAUUGGAAAAACAACAGGCAGAGUAUAAAAAGGGGGGGAGCAGGAGAGGAAGAGACUUGUUUUCUCUUAGAGGAGUUGCAGCAGCACUGAGCUGAGCAGAGAGGAGGAAACUUUUAAACACUCGCAGAUUGGUGCAGUGAGGAGGCGCCGCAGGGAUGUGGGCGUGCCUCAGCCUGCUCCUCACCCUCUGCCUGCUCCAUGGGGGCGGUGCAGAGAGUGACGGGGGCGGGCCUCGCUGUCAGCUGCCGCCAGCCUGGAAGAUAGGGGAGGUGGAUCCAAUGAAGGAGGCUAUGGGUCAGGUGACGGUGUUGGCCCUUUUCCAGGCUAGCUGAUUGUUCUGCUUGGUGCAGGCCUCCAGAAUGGAAGGCCUGCGCCAGAAGCUGGAGAAUCAGGGUCUGAACAAUGUGGUCUACAUGGUCGUUAACCACCAGGGGGAGCAAGCACAGCGCCUGCACGCCAUGCUGGGAAUGCGACUGUCAGAGAACAUCACACUCUACAAACAGGAUGCCCAACAGCCUGAUGUCUGGCAGACACUGGGAGGAGAGAAGGAUGACUUUUUCAUUUAUGACAGGUGUGGCCGUCUCACCCAUCACAUUUCACUUCCAUACAGCAUUAUUGGACAAGGCCAUGUGGAGGGUGCCAUCAAAGAUACGUACUGCAAGCGCAUGUGUGGCGAGUGCACGCAUGAGAGUGCUGAGAUCCCAGAGGAGUGCACACCAAAAGCAGAUGCACAGCCUGACACAGAUGCAGUCCAGCCUGCUGAAGAAGACACUGGACAUGGUCACCAUCAAAGACAUCACCAUCCUCAUCCUGGGCACAACCAACCCCAUGGCCAAGGCCACGGCCAUGGCCAUGGGAUUGGCCGUGAUCACAACCAUGGCCAGAACCAACGCCAUGAUCACAACCAUGGCCACCACCUUGGGCAUCAUAGUGGUCAUGGCGGUGACCAUCGACAAAGUCAGCAAGAUGUCAGACAGCAAGAGGUAUCUCAAAGGCAAGAUCAUUUAGAUGCAGGCCAGAUGCAGCAAGCAGUGCAAAUACACCAGAUACCACACGAGGCCAACUGAGCCCCUGUGAGGCCCUGAGUGUCCAAGAAGGUGAGGUGAAAGUCAAAGCACAGCUGACAGUGGACAGCAGUCUCUGACAAUGAAGCUUCUCCUAAAGCCAGCUGAUGCUGACACUGACGCAGGCUGUUUGGCGAUGCAGGGAGCGAUCAGCCGGUCGGUCUCUGACACUGUACUGAGGCGCUGCCCGCCUCCUGACAGUGACAAGGACUGAUAGGCGAUGCAGCCAAUAAUGUUAGGGAGACCUGACAGUGACGCUCGCCUCCUGCUGAGUGACAGCAGCCUCAGCCUACCCCAUGAGCCUGACCCCAAGGUGUGAGCUGAGGAUGAGAGCAGCUGUAAGCUGACUCUGAUAUCAGCCUCACACCAGAAACACCAGGGGCCAAGCGCUCUUUUUACCAACAAGUAUUACCCUGGGAGAGGGCAGGGCAGUCCCUGACAGCAUGGGAUGGGUAAACAUGUGAUGAAGACAAAAUGCGGUAGAUCAAUCAACCAAAGCAAGUAUUGGCAGCUUGUUAGCUUGCUACAUUUGGCAACAGAUACAGAAAAAAUUGGUGAAAGAUGUCACACUUUACCUACCUCAGUAUGUCUGUCAGGGGGUUGCACUCAUCCUUUCUCAGGAGUGUAUGUGGUUGUCAUGUUCAUGAAUUUCCUCCUCCACUUUGCUCUCUCCAUCCUUUAUGAAAACAGGCGCAGAAACUAUGCUCUAGUGGCGUCUGUUAGAGGUCAGGCAGGAGAGAGAGGAGGGGGACUUCAGGAACAUGAUAAACACUUGAAAACAUUUUGAAGUUCAAAAUUUGAGGACGUUUGAGGAAACAGAAAAUGAGAUAGAAUCUGCAAAUACUGCAAGAACAAAUUAUUAAAGAGGCAUAACUGAAGGUAUCAUUAAAUUCUGUGAAUUACUAGCAAUCUUUUAUUGGGGAAACCUUAAAGCACUGGCCUGUUAAUGGGGCAAAAAGUCCUAAAAAAAACAUCGAAAAGCAAACCUCGAAAAAGUUUGUAUCAAUGACUUGUUUGUCUGUAGGACAUGCAACUGAUGAUGAGCAUGUAUAACAGCAGUAACUACCAUGAAUGACUUCCUUUUUGUACUUUGCACUUGCUGAAGUCUACAAGCAUCAACAUAUAUCAGGUUUAUCCUCUGGCACAAACAUGCACAUUAUUUUCUAGAUUCGCUUUAAGUUGCAAAUUGCACACUUUUACACAAGCAUGCUUACAAAACCAAAAUUUAAAAAAAAAUACAAGACUUAGGAAGGAUGAGAGGGAAAAAGAGAGUGAAACAAUCAUGGAAUACACUCUGUACUUAAUGAAGGCUUCUGGGGGUAAGAUGCAAGUCACCCCGAAGACCUGAUGCUGGCACAGUGGACUGUAUUGUGGUCAAGAUGUCAAACAUGGAAAACAGAGCGUUGAAUAAAGAUGGUUGAGUUAGUUA